AUGGAGGCUACUCAGCCGCUCACGGGCGCUGCCAAACAGCAUGCAAUUGAUACGGCAAGCUUGAUCCAUAUACAGCAAUGGCUCGUGAGUGUCCCCCUUGAACUUGUGAAGAGAGGCUUACGGAUAGCCACGAGCAUGCUGCAAUGGGGCGCGCAUGCCUUCUUCGCGAACAAAGCCAUAGCAAACGGCAUUAUCAUUCCGGACGCCGCGGAUAUAGAGGAACAGACGCAGGUUAUGCUGAUCACGGCCGUCUUCGUCGACACCAGCUGGACAGCCAUUUUCUGCGUCAAGUUCUCGUUCCUCGCCCUCUUUAAGAUGCUAAUUCGCAACGUCUCGACGCGCCUAUUACGGUAUUUCUGGUGCGUCGUCGUCGCCACCGCGCUCACGUGGGCGUUUCUGGUGUCGGAGACGUUUAUCUUGUGCAGCCGCUUCGGGUGGGACAGCCUGAAAUGCUCCGGCCCGAGCACUCGGCUCUACACCCCGCUCACCGCCCUCGUCACCGUCCUCGACAUCAUCACCGACGUCCUGGUCGUGACCUUCCCCAUCAUCAUCCUCCGCCACACCCAAAUGGACUGUAAGCAAAAGCUCGGCCUAUGCGCCUUCCUCUGCCUCUCCGUCAUCAUGAUCCUGUUCGCCGCCAUCCGCGUGCUCGGCGCCAUACGCCCUGGCGAGGCCCAUCUCGACCUGCCGUGGGAGAUGUUCUGGCAAUUAAUGGAAGCAUGUGCAGCCGUCAUGGCGGCGUCGGCGACGGUCUUUCGGACUGUUUUCUUGCGGCAUCGCAGGGCAUCGUCGCCGCGCGCGGCGGGUGAUGGUGCUGGUGGUGGUGAUGACGCGUCGCCGCCGUCGCCAGAAGGCGAGAGGUUCGAAGUGUUGCGGACGCUGCGGACGCGCACGCCGUCGGGGGUCGGGGAGGAGGAGAAGGAUAAGGAAGGCGGGAUGGAGGUGAGGGAGUGUGGGAGUAGGGGGAGUGAGGAUGAGGGGGGCCUGCUGAGGUGA